AUGUCUCAAACAAGCAACCUUAACCCACUACCAUUGCCUGAAGGCAUUAGCGAGGAUUACAUUGAUUGCACCUCAUCAUGCGGAUUGAACUUCCACAUACUGAAAGCCGGUGAUCCGAGCAAACCGCUCGUCCUCUUCUGCCAUGGAUAUCCAGAACUCGCCUUCUCAUGGCGCAAGAUUCUUCCCGUCGUAGCAAAAGCUGGCUACUACUGCAUAGCAAUGGACCAACGAGGCUACGGGCGAACCACAGGCUGGGAAAACAAACCCUACCACGAAGUCGAUCUGACCCAAUACACCAUGACAAACCUCGUCCGCGACCUCAUCUGCCUAGUCUACAAACUAGGCUUCAAAACAGUCCACUGCAUCAUCGGCCACGAUUUCGGCGCAGUAUCCUCCGCAAUGGCAGCCCUUGUCCGUCCAGACAUCUUCCUUUCCACAAUCCAAAUGAGCCAUCCCUACCACCCACCUCCCAGCCCUCAAUUCGGUUCCCAACCCAAGAAACAAUCUUUAGACAUCCAAGCCGAACUCGCAAAACUCUCUCCUCCACGAAAACACUACAAAUGGUACAAUUCCUCCUCCGAAGCAGCUUCCCACUGGGAUAACCCUCCACAAGGCCUAACCCAAUACCUCCGAGGCUACUUCCAUCUCAAAUCCGCCGAUUGGGAUAAAAACUCCCCUCAUCCCCUCAAAGAAUGGAGCGCAAAAGAAAUCUCCAUCAUGCCAGAAUACUACAUCAUGCGCAAAGAACAUACAUUUCCCCAAAGCAUCGAAAAAAACAUGCAAGGCGAAGAUUACACCAAAACAGAAUCUUGGCUUUCGAAACAAGAUUUGGAAGUUUAUGUGCAAGAAUGGUCGAGGACGGGGUUUCAGGGUGCGUUGAAUUGGUAUCGUGCGCAAACGGCGUCGACGCCGCAGAGUAAGAAGGAUAUGUUGUUGUAUGCUGGAGCGAGGAUUAUGGUGCCUUGUGGAUUUAUUAGUGGGAAACAGGAUUGGGGGAAUUAUCAACAGCCUGGGGCGUUUGAGGGGUAUGAGGAUGAGAAGUGUGUGGCGAAAGGGUGUUUUAAGGGUACGAGUUUGAUUGAUCAUGCGGGGCAUUGGGUGCAGCAGGAGCAGGCGGGGAAGGUGGCGGAGGAGAUUUUGAGGUUUUUGGGGAAGUUGUAG